GGUACAUAAGUGUUUAGAUUACAACCCUUAACUGAUAGAUAAUAAAUGAAGAAGUUAUUUAACUAACACUGGUAGGAGAACAAUUUCAACCAAUGAGAACAAAUUUAAUUCAAUGGGGCAAUAUCAGAGCUGCCCAUAUCUGAACAGAGCCUGAUCAUUUGAUAUUUCCUGCUCCAUCAGGGCUGCUGAUCAGAAAAGGAAAAUGUAGGUAGUUCAGGCAGACUAAAACUAUGAGUGAGAAUCUUCCAGACUAUCCUUCCCAGACCUGGUGCCUUCCAGAUCUCCUAGGACUUCAAUCUCCAGAAUUCUUGGUCAGCAUGUAUUAUUGGUCUUAACACAUCAGAGUCCUAACACAUGUGGGAAAGAUGCUCCAGGUGCCAGGAAUAGGAUGAGUUGGGAAACCAAAUCCUCUGCCACUGAUGGCUUUAAAUGAGCUUGACUGAUCAUGGGGAUGCAGUGGUGUUUGGAAGCUUCCCAGGACCCAAAGAAACCAUGUAUGUAUCAUACUUAUCUUCUGGCAAUUUCAGUUAAUGCUAAGCAGGCACUCCUGAGCUGAUGCAAGACACAACUGUAGUCAGGCCCUUGGAGACCGUGAAGAUAAUUUUUUCCAAUACACGGACGUCUAAAAGAGGGGGGAAUAGUACUUUCAUCGUUAAUUUUAAUUUCCUUGCUGCUUCCAGAAGAGAGGAUGAAUUGAAAGAAAGUUGAGAGGUACUGUUUUAUGGGCUAAAUUCCUUCAAGUGUGUUACACUGCAGUUAUUUCAAAAGGGAAACAACAUAAUAGAUUCCAGCUAGAAAAGGCAGGAACUUGGCCCCAAACAGUUAAAAAUAGCAGGCUAAAAAAAGCAAAAAAGUCUCUCUUGAAAAAGCAGAAACCUAGAGAAACUCCAGCAAGUCUUAUAUGCUGUAGAUUGAGAGAAAGCAAAUAAAGUGUUACGGAAUAUAUUGCUGAAAAUACAUAAAUUGAAUGAAUAAAAGUCUUUGCAGUUCUGUGUCUUGCAGUGGUUUUGUAUAAAAUAACAGUAAAACAAACCAGGAUAAUAUUUUUACAGCUAAAAAUUAGGGAGCAGAAAGGAAGAAUAAUGGAACAUUUUUACAAAUCUGGGUUAGGAAGUAAAAGUUAUACCAUGCAAUAGAAGCAAUUCUAUAAACAUAUUGGUAAAAUAUGUAAAAUCCAGUUUGAGUUAGAAGAUAACAUCAAAUUAUCCAAGGUAAUCACAGCCAGAGCUACAAAAACUCCCAAACUGAGGGCAUUAACAACAGAAUAGCUGAUAUUGUUCAAUUUAUAUAGGCAUCCCAGUUCUCUAGCAUGACUUCCUUUGGAAACUACCUGACUGGCAUUUUGUAACAUUUUUAUUUAUAAAAGGGUGGGUUGAUCAUACAGUUUAAACCACCUCUCCAACAAAUGUCUCAGAGUCUGCUCCCCACCAACAUUUUUCAGAGCUCCCAAAACCUCCAUUCUCUCCUCUGACUUGAGUGUGCCCUUUUCAUACACAUACCUGGUUGACCUUAUUUCUUAGGAAAGAAGACAGAUGUUGGGAGAAGACAUAUGUGGAAAGACAUUUAACCUGCUGGAACAGUUACUGAUCACCGGUGACAAAGAGAGGAUAUUGGGCACUUUGCCCAGUCUAAAUUCAUCACGUUUACCUCUAGCUGCCCUACCAGUUUGGAGGACUUGCUCACACACAUGCACCCACACCCCUUUACCAACCAAGGGCUUUUCUGCAGGCUGCUUGAUUAAAUGAAGCCUGCUCAAGAAACCCUUUCUGGGAUUCCUUCCUUUUCUCCCCAUUAGCAAUGGUGAUGGCCUGGUUUUCUGCCCACACUGCUUUUACUGUGACUUCAGUUGAUGGAUACCCUGCUUGUUAUCCUUUCCUUCUGCCAAGGGAAAGAAAACACCAAUUUCUUUCUUUCUUUUCCUUUGGGUCAACCUUUGAGGACAUGUGAUUUCUAUUGAUAGAUUUUUUGCCUGAACCCACCUCCAUUGACUCACCCUUGUACAUCUUCCCAUCUGGUGCACCCCCCGUUGGCCUGGCUAAAAAAAGAAAACACUACCACUUUACGAUUCUUCCUGUCCCUUGGAGUAGAGGGAAAACUGGUGAAAAUCUUAUCAAUUUCACUUGGUUAAAAAACUAAUAUAAUAACCCCCCCUAAAAAAAACCAGUUCCAUCAGUGCACUGGUGAAAAAGAAAAAAGGAAAUACUGACAUGGUAUUUUCCCUGAACUAAGAUACAAUCAAAUGGCCCAUUCCAAGCAGUUACCUUGAAGUUUUCACCACUUUGCAAUUUUUAAGAUUUGAAAUUCAAGGAAUGAAUUCUGUGUUAUACAUAGAAAUCACUAGCUAUGAUCCCUUCCCUUGGCAUUUUUUUUUUGGUGCCACAAAAAUACCUCAUUAAUUAUGCUGUCAAUAAAGGGAAUUCAGUGAUACGUUAUACACACUACAGAAAAGAGGAACAGUGGCUUCACAAAUUAGCCAUUGAGCCAUGUCAUCAAAGGUGAUAAAUUCAAGUUAUCCUUGUUACUCCUCUUGAUUCAAGUUAGUCAGACAAUAACUACUUACUCCCUAUAAUUCAUCAAGUGCUGUAAACUCAACCCAGCAGUAAAUUCAUGCUAAUAAUUUAAUGCUGAUAACAUCAUAGUUGUAGAGCCAUGACAAAAAUGAGAAUCCUUCUGCCUCAGUAUCACAUAGCAGAACAGUCAGGACCCAAGAUUAACAGCACUGCUUCCUCAGCUCUAAACAUUUUAUUUCUUCCUUGCAAACUUCAGAUCUCCAGGGUCAUUAAACAAAUAGCAGCAAAUUCAUGGAUAAAGUCAAUGAAGAGGUGAAAAGACCAAGACUUAUUUCUGUAGACAUCUCCUCAGCAUCACAACACUGAAAGCUCCAAUUGAACCCAAAUAAAAUGGCUGCUCUUAUUGCUGAAAAUUUCCGCUUCCUUUCACUCUUCUUUAAAAGUAAAGAUGUGAUGAUUUUCAAUGGCUUGGUGGCUCUGGGUACUGUUGGAAGCCAGGAACUGUUCUCUGUGGUUGCAUUCCAUUGCCCAUGUUCCCCCACUCGGAAUUACAUCUAUGGUCUGGCUGCCAUAGGGGUGCCUGCUCUGGCCUUAUUCCUGAUUGGUGUAAUCUGGAACAACCACACUUGGAACUUGGUGGCUGAGUGUCACAAGCGAGGAACCAAGAACUUUUCUGCAGCAGCCAACUUCUUGAUCUUUGGAUCUGUCAUGGGAAGAGCUGCAGUGGCUCCUGUUACAUGGUCAGUGAUCUCACUGCUUCGUGGAGAAGCCUAUGUCUGUGCCUUAAGUGAAUUCAUGGAUCCUGCUUCCCUGGAUCAUUUUCCACCUGGCUAUGGACCAGAUAUCAUGGCCAGGUUUCCUUGCAAUGAUCUGCCAGCCAACAUGACACAUUUUAAGGAUGAAGUUGUAAGACGAUUAAAAUAUGAGUCACAGCUCUUUGGAUGGAUGCUCAUUGGUGUGGUUGCAGUUCUUGUGUUCAUCACCAAGUGCCUAAAACAUUGCUGCUCACCACUCAGCUACCGCCAAGAGGCCUAUUGGAACCAAUACCGCUCUAGUGAGGCUAGGCUCUUCCAGAGGACUGCUGAGGUACAUUCCAAGAUUGUGGCUGCCAACAAUGUCAAAAACUUCUUUGGCUUUGUAUAUUUAGAUAAAGAGGAACAAGAACUGGUACAAGCAUUUGAUGUGCAAAACGUUCAGCCCAGGCCACAAUGGGAUGCCAUCACUGGAGUCUACAUCUAUCGGGAGAAUAAUGGGUACCCCCUCUACAGCCGCCUCCAUAAGUGGGCCAAAAAUGUAAUGGGAAACAGCCCUAAUCCUGAUACCCAGGAAACAGCCUUUCUAGCUACCUAAUAUCUACUCAACAGCAAUCCUACCAAGCUUAACAGAAAUCACUUUUGAGCACUUAGGCAGCUAUGCUGAAAAGUAUCCAACAAUUGAUUUUAUACUUUGACCAAAGUCUCAGAAAAUAUACAGCUGAUAGAUUCAAAUGAAUUACCUUACAGGUGAUACAAAUGUAUUAGGUCUUGUCUCAUCAGAAAUAAGUCUAUUAAGUUCAGCGGGGUAUCGUCUUACAUAAGACUACAGUUUAAAAGUCUGGUACCAAGUAAUAUUGAGGGGGGGAAAGAACAUUUUUCCAAAUAUCUGCCCAACUGAACAGGAAGCUAUUCACCAAUGUAAAAUUUCAGCAAAUAUGGUAAUUGACAAACAAGUAUCUUUCAAACCAGCUUGACAUACUGCCUGAAAAUAUACAUUAUUUCCUUUUCAGAUGAAAGAGAAAAAAAAUCCUGCUAAUUCUUAUUUGUCUCAUUUGUAGCUCUGGUUGCUAAAGACAACAGUCACACUAAGUUGCCAAAAUAUCCCUUUUGUCAUAUAGAGUUAUUUUUAAAAUCUGCUCUAAUUUCUCCUGGUCUUUCUUUUCUGUAUACAUUUGGUCAAUUUGUCAAUGAAGGCAAAAUUUUUAAUGCAAUAAGCACUGCUUGAGUUGUCAUUUCACAAUCUUAAUUCUACUAAAUACUAGCAAUCAUAUUUUAACAACUAUUAACAUUCAGCUUACACUUUGGCGUUUAAGACAUUCACAAGAAGAUGUAUAUGGGAUUAUCACAUUGACUAAAAUAUGAAAAACUGGGUGGCAAGACAAAACCAAUAGUGGUUAAGAACUGGAUUAGAACUAGGAGGACCUCAGGCAUAGGAACUCAUUGGAUAAUUUUGAGCCAGUAACUAUAAGCCCAGCCAACUUUACAGGGUUGUUGAUGCAGGCAAAAAUGGGAAAAGGCCAUACUAUGUACACUGCUUUGAACUCCUGAAGAAAAAGCAGGAUAUAAAAUAAAUCAUUGAGACUAUUCAAAUGUCACAAACCAAAAUAUAUACGCCCUGCUGUUUUCCUCCAAGGUAUAUGACUGUCACUUAAUGGCAUAAGUGCAAAAGAAUAAAUUAUGGAUACCUCCCCAGGUCACAGAGUUAUACUAUGCAAAUGCCAUGACACUGCAAAUAUUUUGGCAAGGACUAAAAUAAUUUACAGGAGAAUGAAUCAGGACCACUGAGUUUUUAAAAUAACAGAUGGAAAACUGUACAGAAACUGCUAAUUGUUUAGAAAUUGGUUGUACAUUGCUCCAACACUUUAAAAAAGUUAUUCAGAAGAAGGCUGAUGUUUUUAGCAUAUUUAUAGAAGCUCAGAAUUCUGUAAAUUGAAGAUGUAAGAUAGGGCUUAUAAAAGAAAAAUUGAGUACAGUAUUUCCCAAUUAAGCUAUGAUUGUGAGACUACUGUAAUUAAAUGAAAUUGCAGAACUUUGCUCCUGUAGGCAACAGCCUUUUAAUAUAGUCUUUAAGCCUUGAAUAUAUUUUAUAGGAUACUUAGAAAGCAAUACUGUUAUUAUUUUCUAAGCCUAUACCUGUGUAAAAUACAAAAUAUUAAAGAGGUGGAGGAAAGAACCCAGAACCACCCCUUACCACUCUAACCAGGAAAAUAUAUAUAAAGGAAAUUUAUAUAAAUAAAUGCAUGAGUAGAAACAUCCAUAGAAGAA